AUGGCGGUCAAUCGCAUUCGUGGGGCCUUCGCUCCCCCGAGGAAGGGAGAGACUUUCGAGCUGCGAGCAGGUCUUGUCUCUCAGUAUGCCUACGAGCGCAAGGAGUCCAUUCAGAAGACCAUCAUGGCGAUGACGUUGGGCAAGGAUGUCUCAGCUUUGUUUCCUGACGUUCUGAAGAACAUUGCGACCGGAGAUCUGGACCAGAAGAAGCUCGUCUAUCUAUACCUCAUGAACUACGCAAAGUCGCACCCCGACCUCUGCAUUCUUGCCGUCAAUACCUUCGUUCAGGAUUCCGAAGACCCAAACCCACUUAUCCGUGCAUUAGCGAUCCGAACGAUGGGGUGUAUCAGAGUCGAUAAGAUGGUGGAUUACAUGGAGGAACCGCUGCGGAAAACGCUACGAGACGAGUCGCCCUACGUUCGCAAGACAGCCGCCAUUUGCGUGGCCAAGCUUUUCGACCUAAACCCGACCAUGUGUAUAGAAAACGGCUUCUUGGAAUCCCUGCAGGAGCUCAUCGGCGACCCGAACCCCAUGGUCGUCGCAAACUCGGUUCAGGCCCUCUCAGAAAUCACCGAAACCGCCCCAGAGACGAGAGCCCUCGUGGUGACCCCAGCAACGCUCAAGAAGCUCUUGAUGGCUCUGAAUGAGUGCACAGAAUGGGGACGCGUCACGAUCUUGACCACGCUGGCCGAUUACCCCGCCGUGGACGUUAAGGAGUCCGAGCACAUUUGCGAGCGAGUAGCACCCCAAUUCCAGCACGUCAACCCCAGUGUCGUUUUGGCUGCUGUCAAGGUCGUCUUUAUCCACAUGAAGGCGAUCAACCCCGAGCUGGUGCGGGCGUAUCUCAAGAAGAUGGCGCCUCCCUUGGUUACGCUUGUCGCCUCCGCUCCCGAAGUUCAGUACGUCGCUCUGCGCAACAUCGACCUCCUUCUCCAGGCCAAGCCCGACAUUCUUAGCAAGGAGCUGCGUGUUUUCUUUUGUAAAUAUAACGACCCCCCCUAUGUCAAGCUCCAGAAGCUUGAGAUCAUGGUCCGCAUAGCCAACGACAAGAACUUUGAUCAGCUUCUCGCAGAGUUGAAGGAGUAUGCGCUGGAAGUCGACAUGGACUUCGUCAAGCGCGCAGUCAAGGCGAUUGGACAGGUCGCUAUUAAGAUUGAGAGCGCCAGCCAGAAGUGCGUCAAUGCGCUGCUGGACCUUAUUGCCACGAAGGUCAACUAUGUUGUGCAGGAGGUCGUGGUUGUGAUUAAGGAUAUUCUGCGUAAAUAUCCCGGCUACGAAGGCGUCAUUCCUACGUUAUGCCAGUACAUCGAUGAACUCGACGAGCCUACCGCGAGAGGAUCGCUUAUUUGGAUCGUCGGUGAGUAUGCGGAGAAGAUUAACAAUGCGGAUGAGAUUCUUGAAAGCUUCGUAGACGGCUUCAUGGAGGAAUUCACACAGACCCAACUUCAAAUUCUCACAGCAGUUGUCAAGCUCUUCCUGAAGAAGCCUGGCAACACACAAGGCCUUGUACAGAAGGUACUGCAGUCGGCGACAACCGAUAACGACAACCCCGAUAUCCGCGACAGAGCUUAUGUCUACUGGCGUCUGUUGUCGGGUGACUUGGACGUCGCCAAGAACAUCAUUCUCUCACAAAAGCCGGCCAUCUCCACAACAAUGACCAGUCUCCCCCCUGCCCUCUUGGAGCAGCUGCUGGCUGAGCUUUCCACUCUUGCAUCUGUAUACCACAAGCCACCGGAAUCAUUCGUCGGUAAGGGUCGUUUCGGAGCGGACGAGAUCCAGCGCGCGGCCAUCCGCGAACAACGGCAGGAGGCAGCCGAGAACCCUAUCGCCGCGUCGGUGGCGGCAGCUGCCAACGGCAACCCCCCACCACAAAACAAUAUCGAAAACCUGCUCGACAUCGACUUCGACGGUGCUGCUCCUGCGUCUGCUGAGCAGAACAGCAAUGUCAACACUCCAGACAGAGUUGCCAGCCCCUCGGGUGGCGCGCCAUCAAGUGCUAUGGCUGAUAUGAUGGGUCUGUUUGACGCCCCGCCGCCGCAGCAGCAACAAGCAGCCGCGAACCCCAUGAGCCCUGGAGCAGCAGGAGGUAGCGGCAUGAACGACUUGAUGAAUGGAUUCUCCGGCCUUGACUUUGGCAACACGGGAUCAGGCCAGCCCCUGCCGGCGGCCAUGCAGUUGAACCAGACCCAGAACCCACCCACACAACCAAGUGAAGGCAACGGAAAGAAGACAAAUGAGGACUUGCUUGGGUUGUUUUAG